AUGGUGCAUCAGCACCACCCGCCCCUGUUUCCCCUCCCUGGCCUCAGGCCCAGCCCAGGGAACCACCUGGACUCCCCUCUCUUCCUCAACCAAGCCCAAAAACGGGCAGCCCAACUCCUGCCCCGAAACCCUAGCAACGCCAGGAGAGGAACACGCCCGCGCGGGAGACCUCCCGCUCGAACCCCCUCUUCCCGCGCGCCCCCUUCCCUCGCUGCUGACGCAAGCCCUCACGUCAUCACCCAGCACCGCCCCGACGUCAGCAACUCGCCAUCCAUUGGCCAACGCCACCGCCCUGCUUGGCCAUUGGUCGUGGUCACCGCCCGCUCCCGCCUGCUGCUUCCCCGCCCGCCUAUAAAAGGUGCCCCAGCUCGCUCUCCUCCUCCACACUACCCCUCUCCACCCUCCCAGCUCUCUCACAGAGUACUGAGGAGCUCCGCCCGCUGCUCGCUCGCCGGAGAAAAGCCCCCGCCCGUGGUCACCGCGUGGGUGACGGGCACGAGCUCGGGACGCCCCAUCGCUCCCACCUCCCCCUCUCUAGUUUCUUUGGUUCCCCACCCUCUCCCCGUCCUAAUCCUACCUUUUCCGCCGCCCAGGAUCGCCGGAACCGCCGCCGUCGCUGUUUCGCCGGCGAUCGCUGCGAGGAAGACGACCGCGGGCCGAGCUGCUGCACGCGGAAAAGAGGCCGCCGAUCCCUCCCCUGCACCGCCCCAGGUCGCCACCAACCCGUCCUACCACUGCCGCCGUCCGCUGCUUGCCGCCGGUGAGUCUCCGCGUCGCCCGUCCUUCGCCUGUAGCGCGUGCGUGGUCGCGGGAGGGAGGCGACGCCCGUGCGCUAGGGCUCGUUUCCCUCGGAUCGACUCAGACCGACGAGGCCCUUGCCGGAAGAGGCCUCUGGACAAGUACGAUCCAGAUCCCGUCAUUCAUUGGCUGGAUCUGAGGAUGGGCCGGACUCCAUCUUCCCGCCUUGGCAAGUCUCCGCCGGAACCAGCUGACACUCCCUCAGCCAGCAACAACCCACAGAUCCAUGAGCACGAACCUCCCCUGCAGGCCGAGGUUGGCGACGAGUUUCUGGAUAAGCUCAUGGCCGAGGGCCAGAAGAGCGAUCCUCCUGCCGCUGGCGCCGGCCCCAGCCAUGCUCCCUCUGGCAAACGUCCUCGAACUGAAGUCAUUGGAGGGAAGUAG